AUGGCGGAACUUGUCGGCCCUCGAAUCUAUAGCUGCUGCAACUGCCAGAACCAGGUUGCUCUUCACGACGACGUCAUCUCCAAGGCCUUUCAGGUGUAUCUCUGUGCUUGAUUGAUAUGUAUAAAAGUUUUAUGAUUCGUGUAGUUUGAUUCAGAUGACCCGAACUGCAUGGGGUCGUCGAACUGUGAUGUGUUCAAGAUCCCAAGUCAUAACUCAUUCAGAGUUUCUUUUUCUUUCUGCCUGUUUCCCAUGGGCAGAUUGCUGAAAGAACAACAUGAGUAAGAAAUUCUAAGCGCAGAAGUUAUCGAUUCCUGUGAUUCUCAGAGUUCCCUGACAGAAAGAUUUCAGUUAACUAGAACAGCUUAGAUUUAUAUUCCCCGUGGAUUAUAGUUUGGAAUUCCAAUAAUUGUUCACUGUUUUCAGGGGAGACAGGGUCGGGCCUUCUUGUUCUCACAUGCCAUGAACGUAGAAGUGGGGCCAAAAGAGGAUAGGCAGCUCAUGACUGGCCUGCACACUGUUGCCGACAUCUACUGUCAAAACUGCCAUGAGGUAUUGGGCUGGAAAUAUGAAAGAGCUUAUGAGGAGUCACAAAAGUAUAAGGAAGGGAAGUUCAUACUUGAGAAGUCGAAGAUUAUGAAGGAGAACUGGUAG